AUGGACACAGAUGAAGAAAAUUUUGAAGAGAUGAACUGUCAGACACGUGGGACUUCAUCAGAGCUGGAUACAAAAGAAAGCUCACACUCAGUGGACAGUCACAUAAAACCAUCUCAGAAAGUUUUGAGUUUUGAAGUAAUUGGGAACACUGGCUGCACAAAGUGGAGAGGCUGGGUAGGCAUAUUUGGUUUCUCAGCUUUGCUCGGCACAAAGUUUGCUGCGGGAUGGUGGUCUGUGACUGGGGUUCUGAGAGGUAAAGUUCGUGACUGCCUCCUUGCAAAGCUGUGUGCAGAAAGGAUUGCAGGUUAUAGCGCAGCGUGUCAUACAGUGAGCUGGGCUGUCCAGUGUGCUCAGGUGGCCAAGAAGAACCAGCAGCAUCGUGGCCCGUAUUGGAAACUACAUAGCCAGCAGGACCGAGUUGCAUCUUUUCAAGGGGUAGCAGUUCGCAGCCUCAGCACAUCUGCCCCUUCUGACCACCCAGAACAUGGAAGAUUGGUUUAUAAAGGAAACUUAGCAAAAGCAGUGUUAGGCGUGAGAUUUUUCUCCUACUCCACCAGCAUAUUUAACUUGUUCAUGGCGCCCUACCUCAUGCUGAAAACUGGUAUUGGAUUUGACAGCCUGCUUCUACAAGCUGCAUUUUAUGGGUUGAUAGGAUUUUUUACGUUUGUUACUCCAGUUACUUUGCAUAUCCUUACAAAGGGCUAUGUAAUUCGACUCUAUUAUAAAGAGGAAAUGGACACAUACACAGCUAUUACAUACAAUGCAAUCUUGGCAGAAAAAGCAACUGUCUUCCAUCAGAAAGAUGUAAAGAUUCCAGACAUCACCAAGAUGUUCACAACAUUUUAUGCUAAAACUAAAUCAAUGCUUGUUAAUCCAACACUUUUCCCGGAUCCUCAGGAUUAUAACCGUCUCAUGGGCUAUGACAAAGCCUUUUGUUUUGAUUUUGAGAAAGAAGAGAAAGAAGGUGAAAGUAAAUAAUGUGAAGAUAAGGAAUGUCAGUUACUGUUCAUUGUGCACUGCUAUAAAUGUGAAAGAAUGUUAAACUAUAUUACGGUUUCAAAAGUAUCAGGUAACAUUAGAGUUUCUCAAAUUUUGGAAUGUACUGAAUUUUUUUUUAAACUUGUAAACAAUAUGUAGGGCUUCGGAAUUAACAACACAAAAUACACUAAAAAUACUUCUGUUUUUCUUGUGCUUGUUCUUGGUUUAUUUUUUAUUAUUAACUAACCAGGGGAACCAUGCAUGGACUGUGCUGCAAACUCACCAUCUCUGCUUUAAAAGGAACUUUUUAUAUAAAAAAAAUCUGGAAUGUUCAUUACCUGUCAAGCACACUGUUAAGUUUUUAAGAUUAGAGAGAAACUGUGCUUAACACAGAAAGGCCGGGCUGUUUUUAACGGAUACUACUCUUCAUCCCAUGAGAGUAGGGUUGGCCUUCACUUCAAAAGGCAGGCAGAUAUUACUGCUGACACCUCUUGUAGCCUUUCUGGAAAAGAUGGAAAGAAUGGCAGUCUCUAACAAUUCACAGCUACUUAAAUGGUUUUCUGAGAUAGAAUCACACUCCCAAGCAACUCUUUUCCCAGAGAUGGAAAAGAAGUAAGGUUUGUGCUGUGAAAAUCUUGCUAAGACAAAUAUUUGUACCAAUUUAAAAUACCAGCAUGUAGUGGUUUAAGUGGAUUCUUUUGGUAUUUAUGAAAGCCAGGAAAACAAAAGGGAAUCUCUUACAGAGUACUGCUUAGAGCUUGUGCCUUUAAAAAAUACACCUCUUGAUUUUUAACUGCAAAGAAAGUCAUGUUUAGUUCAAGUAAUGAGUAUAAGAUCUUCUCAUGUGAGUAGGUUGUUUAAAUUAGUUCUGCACUCUGAAUAUGUGGAAAUUGGAUUGAAAUAUUUUUAGACCAAGCAGAAGUUUGUCACAAAAACUGACAGAUACUUGUAUACAAGUAACGAAGGGCCUCAAUAUUUUAAGGCUUAAAAAAUUACUGAAUUAAAAAAGAAUAGGUGCUGAAUUCAAAUUGAUUCUUUCAUAUUAGCAGCUUUACUGCUCAAACCUCAAAUAAGGUUGAAAAGCCUGAUCUAUCUCUGUUAAGCCAGUAUCACAGGGUAAGUAAACAGUGAUAUAUUUUUGUAUGUUUAAUGCAUUAUACUGAAGGCAGGAGGCCAGUAAUAAGCAAUUCUAAUCACAUGGUUACGGUACUUGUUGAAGUCAUGUUUUACACCAAAUUAAACAUUUGUCCAUUGUUUUCAUGUCAGAUGUGUUAAUUCUGUUUUGUGCUCAUGUGUAAAGUUAACUUCAUCUUUGAAUGCCAAAUAGAGAGAGAACAGGAAAUAGUUUGCAAGAGUCAAUAAAAGAAAGGCCCCAA